CCUGUACCGCUGUCGAGCGGAGGGCCUUCGACAUCAAUGCCUGCGGACGACCAGGACGAGGCCGACGAGCCUCAAGACGAGGAAGAUCACGACGAGGGCCAGCACCAGCUCGGAGACGAGACCAGCCUCAGUAAGCGCGAGGCUGUUGUCGUUAUCGACGAGAAGAUCUACGGCAGGGACCCACUGCGUUGCCUCGCGUGCAACAACAAGUCGUUUGCGCGCAAGUACGAGCGCAGGCGGCACGUCGUCACCGUCCACUACCUCAAGAAGGUCUCCUGCGACUGGUGCGGCAUCUUCUUCUACACACGCCGCGAUGGAGUCACUCGUCAUAAGGACGAGAAUUGCCCAGCGAGGGACUUCGAGGAUCGGCACACCAACCCAAUGAGGUGGUUCAUGGCCUGGCUGAGUGGACCCUCGGGGUGGCGGUAGGAAUAGAAGUGCGGCGGGAUCGUCGGCGAUGGUGAGCUGAAGCUGGAGGUAUAUUAAUUCGCGACCUUGAUUGUGUCGUCGUCAACACGCUCGGAUAUGGUGGAGUAGAGUGAGUGUGCUGGUCUGUGCUGGUAGUCGCUACUAUGUAGUAGGUCACACGGUCCGUCAGGGUCCCCGCGCUGUGCCACAGCACGGCCCCAGCAUUUUGUGAAGGACUGACUGAUUUUCUCCCAUCUGCAUUGCUGCUCUUUUCAUGAUGUUUUCAAGAUCGCCUUGGCCCUUGAGUAUCUAUCUGACACUUCUGUGUAUAUUCCCUUUCUCUCCCGCCUGAGUCGUCUCGGCACGCUGUAAUCUAGAGGUU